AUGGCAAGAAAGCUGGUGACCAUGCAGGCUCUGAGAUUAAAAAUAUUUCGUGAUAUAUCCAAUAUUCAAUCUGCAAAAAUAGGUGAAAAACUGGGAAAUGAGGGACACAAAGCAGAGGGAAGAAGUAGUUCAUCCUCUGCUGGAUCAUCAUCAUCUACCCAAUCACCUGGGUCGACUGCAUUACCAUUGAUAGAUGGUAUCAUAAUCUCGGAAACCCAUGACCUCCACCAUGCUCCUACCACCUUGAUUGAGACCAAUGCUGGAGAUUAUUCUCCUGUAAAAGACUUUGCAUACCUAAAAAAUGUAUGCUUUUCAGAGACUACAAAGCUCUGGGCAAUUGCAGGCCCUAUUGCUUUCAACAUUCUCUGCAAUUAUGGGAUUAAUUCUUUUACCAGCAUUUUUGUUGGACAUCUCGGAAAUGUGGAGCUCUCUGCCGUUGCCAUUUCUCUCUCUGUCAUUGCCAACUUCUCUUUUGGCUUCUUGCUUGGCAUGGGAAGUGCACUGGAGACGUUGUGUGGACAGGCAUUUGGUGCAGGGCAAGUGGAGAUGCUAGGGGUGUACAUGCAACGUUCAUGGAUAAUCUCAUUUGUCGCCUGCUUCUUCUUAAUGCCCCUCUACAUAUUCGCAACGCCAAUCCUAAAACUCCUCGGACAGGAACAUGACAUUGCAGAACUUGCUGGAAAAUUCUCUAUACAGACUAUCCCUCAAAUGUUUUCACUUGCGGUAAACUUUCCUACACAAAAGUUCCUGCAGGCACAGAGCAAGGUCGUGGUUAUGGCAUGGCUUGGUUUCGGAACUCUUGUUGUGCAUGUCGGGAUCCUAUAUCUGUUCAUUGGAGUGUUUGGUUGGGGUACGGCUGGUGCUGCUGCGGCCUAUGACAUCUCGGCAUGGGGUAUUGCUGUGAGUCAGACAGUUUAUAUUGUUGGUUGGUGCAAUGAUGGGUGGAAAGGGUUGUCGUGGUUGGCCUUCAAGGACAUUUGGCCCUUUGCGAGACUCUCUAUUGCUUCUGCUGUGAUGCUUUGCCUAGAGAUCUGGUAUUUCAUGACCAUAACUGUUCUCACUGGACACCUGGAGGAUCCUGUUAUUGCAGUUGGCUCUCUUUCAAUCUGCAUGAAUCUGGAUGGGUGGGAAGGCAUGCUGUUUAUUGGAGUCAAUGCAGCUAUAAGUGUUAGGGUUUCUAAUGAGCUUGGAUCUGGACACCCUAAAGCAGCAAAAUACUCGGUCAUUGUCACAGUCAUUGAAUCUCUCCUCAUUGGGAUUUUCUUCGCAACCCUUAUUUUGGCUAGCAGAGAACGUUUUGCCGUAAUCUUUACGGGCAGCAAAGAGAUGCAGAGAGCUGUUUCUAGUUUAGCAUACCUUCUUGGUAUAACCAUGCUACUUAACAGUGUUCAGCCAGUCGUAUCAGGCGUUGCUGUCGGAGGAGGUUGGCAAGCUUUAGUGGCAUAUAUAAACUUGAUUUGUUAUUACAUUAUAGGCCUCCCCAUUGGCUUUCUUCUAGGGUAUAAAGCAAAAUUAGGGGUGAAGGGAAUCUGGUCUGGCAUGAUUUUUGGGACAUUCUUGCAGACGCUGAUCCUCUUGAUUAUCCUUUUUAAAACCAACUGGAACAAGGAGGUGAGAAUGGUUAUAUUUCAUUUGCUCUAAGACUGUUGGGAGUAUAUGGAAAAUAGAAUGCAUAUAGAUUUAAAUUUUUGCACAAUCUAACUAUACAAGCUAUGAAAUAUACAUACUUCUUCUACAUUGAAUCGUUUAAAUGUUGGAAUUGCAGGUAGAACUAGCAGUAGGACGAAUGAGGAGGUGGAGUCGACAAGAUGAACAUCAAUUUGACAUGUAAAACUCUGGUGUUGUCUUUGAUCCAUAAACAAAUCGAAUAUGCUUAUAAAUGCCAAUAUAGUGAGUAUGGCAUUAUUGUAGAUUUGUAUUACUUCUAGGAUAAUGUUUCAGUAAAAAGGGCCUGUAGAGAAGUUUGAGCCAAUCAAAAGUAUUUCUAUACCCAAAAACAAAAAUACUGAUGACUACUUAUCCAUUGCAUUGCAUUGCCUUGCCAGAAAUCCAUGUUGUAUAUAUGAAACAUGUUCACAUCCUUUCUCAUGUUACAACCCUCUUCCUAUUCAAACCCUUUUCUUCUCAAUCCACAGAGAUAAAAUGCAAGACCGGUGCCAACACUUCAUCACAAAAGA